AUGCCAGGUAGGGCAUCAACUACCACAUCUUUAUACUCCGAUGAUCCAACCGAAGUGCCGCCAUUGCCUACUACCUUUGGUGUGCGGGAAGGUAAAUUGAUUGAUUACGAUGAGCCCCAUGUCGAACACCAAGAGGAAGAAGAGAAGAUGGUUAAUCCGACAGAUAAACUGAGAGAAUUGUUGAAUCAGAUGCGAAAGGAAGUGGAAAUCAAUAGACCUGUGAACUCCCUAGCUUACAGUGAGGAUGAGCAGGAGGUCCGACCGAAACGCCAAAGAGAUGAUGCUGUAGCAAGUAAUAACGCUGGACUCAGUUCGCCUCCUCGGAAGAGGUAUGGCGAGGAAAGUGAAGAUGAGGAACAGAGUCCACCAACUCCGCCACCUAGGAUAGGAAACCCUUAUGCCGCUAGACGAGGAGAGCGUCGCAACUCCCCUAAUCUACCUUCUAGUCAACCUGGUAGAUUACCUUCUCGUGCAGCCGUGUUGCGCAAUAGCACGAUACGAUCCCCUCCAUCUCCUGAGCCUAUCCAACCGCAACCCAGAGUGAAAUCUCCUCCUACCCGACUAGAAGCUUUCUUAGCCUCGUCUACCUCUUCCAUCCAUCCCAUCGCGGUAAGCUCCACUUCCGGCCAACUUCAGACCAAUUUAAUGCGGAAAGAUUCGGGAUCAAGCACGAGUAGCUCGAGAAAAGGGAAAGAUCGUGCGAUAUCACCGAUUCUAUCACUACCUCAGGAAACACAGAGUAUUUCGUCGAGACGAAAUAGGUUCAGACAGACCCCUCCGCCUGAGGCAGUAAAAUCUCAUAGAAGACCUCAGACUCCCCGAAGAAUCAGUGUGGAUCUCGCACCGGAAGAUAUGAGCUCCUUUGCGCGUAAUGCGGUGGACCUAGAGGUCAGGGGUGAAGUCGAGCUGGAUCUGGAUGAAGGGCUGAGUGCGCUAGGGUGGGAAGAAAGUAGUCAGAGUGUCAUCGAGGACAGUGUGGAUAUACCUCAGUCACAGCGAAGAGGGCAUGAAGACAAUUUGAGGCGGAGUACGUCCAGAUCGCCUGAUAGGAGAGAUCGAAGCAGAAACGUCCAGCCGCGUUUUGGAUCAAUCUCACCAAUACAGUCGAGACAGGGCGUAGAUGUUCAUUCAUCCAUAGGGAAAUCUCAAACUCGUCAUUCAUCGAUAUCUCCAGAAAACAACCAACGGAAUUCUCAACCUCGGUAUCUCAGUUCAUCACCACCUGCAGGAAACGCGCUACGGCGUUCUCACAAUCAAAAUCGAUUUCCUGAUGGACAGACUCAGCCGGUCGAUAGUCCUCCGAGAAACUCUCGCCAUACAUCACCUCGACAUGGUGACUCAUCACCUUCACCACCUUUACCUGCUUUGCCCGAACCUGACAUGUCAGCUCAGUCUGAAAUUAGCGAAAUAGAUACUUAUUCUUCCAGGAGAGCAGCACUAUUUCGUUCAACUUCCCGGUCAGCUUCAGGCUCAACUUCCACAUCGACGGCUCGGAGUGGAUCCCAGACGCCCUCACAAUCUUUUGGAACCGCUACUGGCUUGAGAUCGAGACUAUCUCAGAGAAGCUCAGUGGAAAGGAGUGAAGAGGUUUCGGAGGGAGAUAUAUUACCUAAGAGGUCGCCUACCAAGUGGAAGCGGUCGUCUCUUCAAAAAGACACUCCUGAAUCUAUACACGGCCGAACAUCUCCUGUUCCUCUUACCCGACAAAGUUCAAAUCUACCUUCACCUGUACGAAAGGAGUAUACACCACCGAGAGGGGUGGAAGACAUACCUAUUCCCAUACAAGAUCCAAUACAGGUAAAUAUUGCACUUGCACCGCCGUCUCUGUCUACACCUACCAAAUCCGCAAACCCUAAUGUCAGUACGUUACCUACACCUAAACCACCUGGGGCAUGGCAACCCAUUUCGAAACCCAAAGUACGCUUUUCACCUUCCCCGUUGAGUCAACAUAGUCCCAUUAGACCGGACACACCCAGUCGAGAUGAAAGUGAGGAAGGUGUUUCGACACAUCGAUUGAGAGUUUCGCCGAGACGAUCACCCAAAGCUAAGACUAUUAGCAAAGAACAGGAACAGGAACAGGAGGUGGGAAAUGAAAGUUUUCUGGGGAGGUUGAAGGGAUCUUUGAGCUCGCCUUUGAAAAAAAUUAAAAUUCAAAUUCCUAUCCCACCCAAAUCAAAUACUUUCACACUAUCCACUACUUCACUCCAACAUGCUAAAUCAACAACGACAGCUGCCGAACAAAAUUUGUUGAUCACUCAAAAACAAUGGCUUGAAGCUUUGUCUGCUAUAAAUACAGCUGCUAAUACUUCUUCGACCGUGGUGAGAAAAGGAUGGGGUUGGAGUACAUGGGUUUUAUGGGGGUUAGUUGAGGUUUUGAUACUCUGGAGCGUAUUUAGAGCAACUUUGGAUUACGCUACUUCUUUAACCCAUAUAUCAACUUUAGACCCAUUCCAUCCUUUGUCUUUACCCUUUAGACAAUCCACCACAUCCACUUCAACAUGGAGUAAUGGACCGUUCGGAUCGAUAUCUCUGGAAUUGUCUAUCCCAAGUGCUUUACAAACUUUAGUAGGUGGGAAUGGGGGAUAUGGGAAUGUGAAUUUCUUCGAUUUGAUGGAAAGUUGGGGAAUUUGGAGUAAAUUUUUUGCGACACCGGUAGCUGGAGGGGGAGGGAGGAUGUUGGCUGGCGGAGUAGGUGGAGUACCUAGUUGA